UGAAAAUUAAGAUAUGGAUAUUGGCAUCGGGGAUGCAGAAAAAUUUUUGGCGAAACCAAGCCAGCAUUGAUGCUACAAAGAGCGUUGAGCUUCGGUAUCAGCAGGGGAAUGGACCUUGCAAUAUUUUUAUUUUGGAUACUUCUAAAAGUAUUGGUGAAGAGGGCUUCAUUCAAAUAAAGGCUAUAUUUUCUUCAAUUAUUGACGAGUUUGCCAAUCAUCCACAGGAAGAUGAGAACAUCGCUGUUAUUGUUUGUGGAAAAAUCACGAAAUUUCAACAUUACCAUUCAAAUCGUUACUCUGAAAUUAAAGGUUGUCUAGAAGCGUUGGAAUACGGAGGACUCUCUCCACUGACAGCGGCUUUUUUAUUGAGCAUUGGAGCCCUUGAAUCUGGCUACUCAAGAGGGAUAUGUGAAUUCAAGGUUCGACCACGAAUUAUUCUGAUAUCUGAUGGGAGACCAACAGACUUCAAUAUAUUUUCUGAUGAAGAGGAUUCGCCUUUUUAUGAAACCUUACAGGCAAAAGAUCAUCUCCUGCAAGUGGUGAAACAGCUAGGGAGGCAGCAUCCAAUCUUCUGCAUACCUGUAGGAAAAAAUCCAGAUGUGGCAUUUCUAAAAUAUUUAAGUUUAAAGGGAGGAAGGAUCGUUUGUCCACAUGAAGUUAAACAGAUUGCAAGAUACACUCAUAAUCUGAGAGCCACGGCAUUGUUAUCGGCCACACAAAACUUAAAAGGAAUUAGUAGACAAACCAUCGACUCAUUCGCACAAUCUAGCUUUCCCGGGACGAUAUUUUCAGAUGAGGACAAGGACGAUAUAUUGGAUAUCUAUACCAAAAGAUCAUUUUAUACCAUGGAUCCUUCUGAUUCAAACGACGAGGAUGAAGAAGCGGAUACAGAACUUGCUGAGAGAGACCCUUGUCUGCCAAACAUAGGGACAAGAGUUACACGAGGACCGGACUGGCAUUGGUCAGAUCAGGACAGUCAUGGUCCUGGUACAGUCAUUGGACAUUCCAAAAAUGCUGGAUGGUUAAAAGUUGAAUGGGACUCUGGAGGUAAAAAUGAAUACAGAUAUGGCGCAGCCUUGAUGGAUAGGGUUAAAUAUGAGGUCACUACUUGUUGUGAACCAAGAAUUCUUCAUAACACAAUAAUAGCAGUUGGAUGUAUAGUCACAAGAGGUCCUGACUGGGAACUUGGAGAUCAAGAUGGUGGAGAGGGAAGUCUUGGUUCUGUGUAUCGGAUCAAGCGGAACGGGAUAGUUUUUGUAAGGUGGUCAAACGGAUGCUUAAUAAAUCAUAGAUAUGGUUUUGACGGAAAAUUUGACGUAUUUAUAUGUGAUCCCUUCUCAGCAGAAGUGAUUAGCUUCUUACAGACCAACUGUGAUGUUACAAGAGCCUUAACCAGAACAGCAUCUGAACGCCAUCUUGGUAGGGCUUUAAAAGCUACUGAUGAGACCGGUAUUGGAGGGAAGGAUAACAUUGAACACGAGAAAGGAGGGCUGGGAUCUCCGUGUCUGAAAUUACCAAAAGGGCAGUAUUUCAAAAAUGACAGAGUUUCUGAGGAUUCUUCUUCAGACAUUGAAGCUGAUGGGUCAAAGGAGUCAGAGACAUAUAUUGCUGAAAAGCAAUGGCUAUGGCGAGAUUACAACGGGAAGUGGACGCCAUAUCCAAGAAAGAUAAAUGACAGAAUCAACAAGUGUUACAACAGAAAUCCGCACUCUACAGUGGUGGUUGUGUUAAACAAACAGGAACAACGUACUAAAUGAUUUGUUUGUUUGUUUUUUAUAAUUAUUGUACUCAGUAUAUUUUACAGCGAAUUUAUUAUAAGUAAGAUUAAAGUGUUAAUUAUGUUUCAUAAGAAUUCUAAACAUUAAGGCUUUCAUCUUUUUAAAAGAAUAUUCUUUAUCUAGUAUCUGCGAUUCAGAACUGAUCGAUGAUUUGGUAAAGAGAUUAUUUAGG